AUGGGUGUUGUUGGUUCAUUACCAUCGCCAUCGCCGAGUACACAAAGCAACGUAAUGCAUACCGAGUCGAAACAAAUAGUAUCGUCAGCAGAUGAGUGUUCGUUGUCGAAUCCGUCGAUCUAUGAUGUAGAGGCGCCAGCAGAUAAAAUAAUACCAAAGAAACCGUCUCGUCGGAAGAAAUCGUCACCUCCUAUUACCGUUGUGUACGGGCCUAUAAAUAUAAGAGUUCGUCAAUCAGCAGCACCGACACUGGCAACUGGUCGGUGUUCGAAAUUUGUCGAACUUGAAGGUGAAGCAGCAAUCAAACGUGAAAUUCGACGAAAGCGAAACCGUGAAGCAGCGAAAAAGUUAAAAGAAAAACGGUCAAUUAUAGAGGACAAUCUCAAAGCACAAAUUAGCGAAUAUGAAGCGCAAGAGAAAAGUUUACUUUCAACAAUAGAGAAUCUCAGAGCUUAUAAAGAAUAUCUCGAAUAUCAAUAUCAACAGAUCACGUCUAUGCAGGAGAGUAUUUCCCGAUCAGCUUUUAAAAAGGUUGGACGUAAACGUAUGUAUCUCGAUCGAAGCGUUCCUAUUCAUCCGAAUACGAUGCGAAUCAAGGAAGAGUCGCGGCGUUCAUCACCACAAUGGCAAUUGCUUUUCAGCAUUUAG